AUGGAGGAUCUCUUUCAAGUCCUCACACCUCCAGAAGAAAUCAUGGACUCCUCCGAUGGAUUUUUUCGUCGAAUGAGACCAGACACACCUAGGCCAUCACUCAGUGAAUCACAUUCAGACCCGACCAGCUCCCACCGUAGCACUGAGAACCUUCGACGUCUCUCCAACAUCAUGUAUCAACAUGGGUUUUUGUCUGGGAUGUACUCUGAUGUAGUGGUUCGAGCUUUGAAGCAUGAGUGGAAGCUUCACAAAUUAGUAUUAUGCCAUAACGACUACUUUUCUGGAAUGCUUCAAGGACCAUGGCUAGAGAAGGAUCGAGAUACGAUUGAAAUCAACUUUGAUGAUCCUAAUGUAACUGUGGAAGCUAUGACAAUUGUACUCGCUCGAACUUAUGGUCAUUUUGAAAUGGGGAUAAACAUGCGCAAUGUGUGUGCGCUGCUAGCAACAGGGGCUUUUUUUGGUGACAAGGAUUUAUGUGAAGCCUGUGUCGAAUUCAUAAACGAGGACUUGUCAAAAGAGACGCUUCAAAAUUAUUUCGAAUUUGCAGAUGCUCAUUACUAUGGAACUUAUUCGGAUAGUAUAAUUGACGCUUGCUUUACGAAACUUUGCCGUGACGGAUAUGACGAGCUUAAAGACGUCUUGACUGUGCUACCACUCAAGUGGUUGGAACGUAUACUAGCAGCAGACUGCUUUUACGUACCAUCAGAAAUGGAGCGAUAUCGAUUCAUUAAGGAAGUCAUUGCCAAACGUAAAUCAUUGAAUGUGGAUGGCAGUAGUGUCGAGAGCAGUAGUAGGAUUGAAAUUGCUGCCAAAGUCAGUGGAGGGUUGCCACUAACACCGCCCAAAACACCUAUACGUGGAAUGCGAGUAUCCAUAGAAGGGCUCUUCAUUGGUGAAAGUGACUCACUGAGUCCAAAAUCGACUCGAUAUGAUAAUUUGGUUGAUUCAUCUGCUGCUGUACUCUUUGGACCCUUGACUCCAGUAGAUGAACAUACUGACAUGGACGAUGGUGGUGAAAUGCUGCAUGAAGGUGCUUGUGAUCAUAGCACCGAAUAUGCAGAAGAUGGUGAAUCGACUGACUCUGAGGCUAGAUCAGAGUCCAGUACUUCUCUGCGCUACAAGGUGGAUGAACCAAAUCCAUAUCGUCGUAUGCUGGGUCAUGGUUCAAUAUUCUCACAUCUCAAGUUUGAGGACUUGCUGGCGAUCCGAGACGAUAAUAGCAUCCUGCCAUAUACAGUCCCCGAACGAGUACUCCAACGUGCAUUGUGGGUGCAACAAGAGCUUCGAUGUCGUAUCGAAUCAUCACCAGACGACCUAGUCGAAUUAGGUCUCGCAUAUGAUACUCGAGAUAUAACGGACGCACGCGCGUCAUCACCAAUUAGCUUAGCCGGGCUGAGCUCACAAGAUGUUGCUAUUGUGCCUGCAGAUGACACCGACAAGAUUGAUGGCCGGCGACUAAGUGAUGUCUUGUCACAACCAGUGUAUUCACAUUCGGCAAUCAAGUUCCCACCUUUUCGAUUUGGUGCCGAGUUUACGGAUUUGAGGAGGUUGCAUGGUGGUUGUCGCUUCUAUAGCAAGACGACCUAUUAUGCCGGUUCGUCCUGGGUCAUCUACUUGCAAAAGAUUGUCGUCGAUGGGAUUCCUAAACUUGGUAUCUAUCUGCAGCGAUGGGCACCCGACGCUAACGAGACACCAGAUCCGUUACUUGCACCUCCUUCUCAUCGCCUGUCUCACUAUCUCGAUCGUCGAGUUGAAUGCAAGGUGUUUUUCAGGAUGUAUAUCUUCUUUGGGUCAUCAAAGAUUCGAUGCUAUGUAUUGGAAUCUAAACCUGACUUGUUUAAGAAUACUCAGUCGUGGGGAUGGAGAAGUCAUAGGCUCUUCAAAGAUGCCUUAUUUGUUGAGAUGCCAAGAAGGAAUGACUCUAUGCGAUGUACUGUAGUCAUGGGGAUUGUCUAA